AUGUUUCCAACGACGUCCCAAAACAACACACAAAAAAAAAAAACAUGUCCGCCGGAUAGGUCCUACUAGCUGAAAAUCUACGAGAAACAUGUAAAACAUAUAAAAUAUGAGCGGAGCAAGAGCAAGAACUCCAGGAACACCGACAAAAGUAAGAACUAGACGAGAACAACUUGCUUAUGAUGAAAUUCCUACAAGAGAUAUAUCGAAGUCAAAAUCUGUCGGUGGGACCCCUAAAACAAGACGUUUUAUACAAAAUUCGGCACAAAAUACUGCGGUGCGAAGAAGCUGUCCAGAAUUCAGUAAUGUCAGAAAGCGUGAGAACCAUUUUCGGCGACAUAGCGAAAACAGAGCAUAUGUUGUUAAACCAGUAGCGCGCAGUAAUGAAGCGGUAAACAGAAGGUCGUUGUCACAAGGUAAUUUAGUCAAGCCUAAUGUUACAAACAAUUCAAUUAUUUCCUCAGAUGUAAGUUCGGGAUCAUCAAGCAAAACGAGUACUUUGUCAAGAAAUAUAUACAAGAUGUGGAAAAAUGGACAACUCUGUGACGUAAUAAUAACUGCUGGUGGUAUGCAGUUCCACGUUCAUCGUCUCGUGAUGGCUGCUAGUUGUGAACACUUUGCUACUCCAAAGCAGACGAUAUACCAAUAUGACGUCCCAAACGUUAGCGCAGAAGUUAUGGAUGAAGUGCUGGAUUUCUUUUACACGUCGAAAUUGAACAUCACCUCCGACAAUAUUGAAGAAGUGCUAGAGAUUAGCCAAAAUUUGGGUGUUAAAAAGCUGUUAGAUAUGUGCAUAGAAUUUUUGAUGAAAAUAAACCUGAAUAACGCUGUGAUGAAUCGAGCUGUUGCACAAAGACAUGGGCUUAAUGGUGUGAUUUCUGCAGUUGACAAAUAUGUUCACGAACAUUUCUCCACUUUGGUUACAACAUCUUCAUUUCUAGAAAGCGAUUUUAAUUACAUUUAUGACAUCAUUUCUUCCGACAUUCUCACAGAACCAAACGAACUCAAAAUAUUCCACGCAUGCGCACAAUGGAUCGACUACAAACGCAAUAGGCGCAUCAAAUAUGCAGUUCCGCUAAUAAGUCUGAUACGAUUCGGUCUUAUUCCUGCUUCAGAGAUUGUUGCGCAAGUAGAACCAGUUACCUUCAUAUUCGAAAUACCGGAGUGUAAGGACAUAUUGUACAAUGCUUUUAGACACCAUGCUCUAUUCGAAGAGAGUAAAUCUUCGAGUCGAGUUUCCUUAGCUGCUAAAUGUGGCUCUAGAAUUUCUCAAAAUUUACCGAGAGCUAACGCCAGUCUAACUGGUAAAAUCAUCAAAGAAGCCGAAGUAGAACAGGAUACGGAAACUUCAGAGUCUGCAGGAUCUUCAUGUAGCGCAACAUCCAUGGAAUACGAGGUGCAAAAUUUUCAUUCUGAGGAAUGGUUACCGAGGGCACAACAAAGUUGGCGCGGUGAUUCUAAAUCAAAGGUCUAUUCUGAAAUCAAUGCUAGCUUAACACGUUCUAAAACAUCAGACGCUGCACACAACGAACCGACCAACACGCAGACGACAAGAGACAGUUCAAAUAUAAACAGUACAUCAAGAACAAACAAUAGAAAAGCAGAAGCAGAGAGAACACAGUCUGUGAAACGACUUUCAGAAAAGUUCUCAAACAUUGCUGUGAACAACAAAAAGAUAUCGCGGAAUGAUUUGGCUAACUGUAAAGACUUCUUCGAUCAUACUGACAAACCAUCAGAAAAUAAACAUAGCAAGUCCCGAACGGAAGUCAAAAGCUAUGAUAACAUACAUGAAAAUGAUCAGACGCAAGAGAACUACGGACAUGGAGUAAACCGUGUAAGUUCUAUCACAAACCGAUUCCCGAAAGCACAACAGAAAGAAACAGUCCUAAGUUGCCGGUCACUUCCGAACAGCAAGAAAACUGUUUCUUCAGACCAGAUUCAAACACCAGACGAUCAAAUGGACAGGAGAAACAACUCACCAGCAGCCUUAAAACGACGUUUUAGGAGUUUAGAAACUAUUCCUGGCUGCAAGGCGGGUCAUCAAGUCACCGGAAACUUUAUAGAGUUAUCACCAGUCAGGUCGCAGCCGGCGUCGGACCUCCCACCUCCGCCUAUGCCUCAAGUCAUAAUGGUCGUAGGCGGUGUAAGCGCUUAUGAUAACGAUUCUUAUAACGACUGUGUAAAUAAUUGUGUUCAACAGUUUGAUCCCGAUUUAAAUACCUGGAGUUUGAGGUCACGACUUCCGGUACCAGUGCAUUACAGUGGUGUGGCUCUACUGGAUGGGUGUCUCUAUGUAAUAGGUGGUCAACUGCCGAAGGACCAUGGCUUUGUCCCUAUAAAAGACUGCUAUAGAUAUGAUGUUGUAAAUGAUAAGUGGGAAAGAACUGCUUCUUUGAGAACGGCCCGAUGUCGGCAUGCAACUGUAACAUUAAAUAGAACUAUUUACGUCAUCGGCGGCGAAGACUGUAUCGGCAUGAGCUGUAAAACAAUGGAAACCUACGACCCGAUCAGCAAUUCAUGGGGUUUUGCAGGUCCUAUGCACGAGGCCCGGGUCGGUGCGGCAGCCGCUGCGCACCGUGGUCGAUUAUUUGUUGCUGGUGGCAUGAUGGACGUAGAUGAAAAACUUACAUUAAACACUAUGGAAGUUUAUGACCCUCGCACUCAUGAAUGGACAUUUCGAUAUCCACUUCCGGUUGCAGUAUGUGGUUCUUCAAUGGUAGAGAUUGCAGAUGUACUGUAUUUGGUCGGCGGAUUCGUGAUACGUGAUGGAGAACCGUUGAGCCUCGAUUCAAUAUUUCGGUACAUCGAUGAAACGAACAGCUGGGAGGGUUACAAGGCAUUACACGUGCCCCGGCACGACGCUGUGACUGCCGCACUGGACUCUAAACUUUACAUCAUAGGAGGAGAGAGCUCUGCUGCCAUGGGACACGCAUUAUCAAACGUUGAAUGCAUUGAUACAGUCACUGACAAACAUGUGUCUGGUAUAGCACCGCUGUUAACUCCAUCUUACGGUAUAAGUGGAUGUAUUUUGUCUAACUAGCAAUUAAUUGCGCGUCAGCUUUUAUUAUGUAUAUUGCCAUAUAUUGUAUAUUAAUGACUUUUGAUCAUAAUUAUCGAGAAAACUGCUACCGUAGAAACGACCCUUUGGGAAAAUGAUAAAUAGAUAUUUUCUAGAACAAACAAAAUCCACAGGGAAAACAACUAAGGUAUUUCCUUCUUCUGAUAAUUAAAAAAAAAUAAUGUUAAAACAUUUAGCGAAAUUCUGUGAAAAAAAGUAAUGUCUGCUAAAUAUACAUUGAAAUGCUUAAUUGUGGCAAUAAAAAUGAUCUUUAAAA